CGGCGCGGUGCGCGCCCACCGCGGGGCGGCGCUGGGCCGGCGACCGGGCCGCGAGGUGGCCGCGCCACGCCAGGUCCGGCCCGGCCCGGCCGAUCCCCGCUCCCGGCCCCCGCUCCCGGCCCCGCCGACAGCCGCGCCCCCGGCCCGAAAUAGCGCGGGGCGGGGCCGGCACCGCCAUGGCGAGGCAACCGGCAAAGACACUGUGGUACGACCGCCCACGGUACGUCUACCUGGAGUUCUGUGUCGAGGACAGCACGGAUGUUAAGGUCAUCAUUGAGGACCAGCGGCUGGUGUUCAGUUGCAAAAAUGUGGAUGGUGUGGAGUUCUACAACGAGAUCAACCUGUAUGCCAGGGUCAACUCCAAGGACUCACGGGAGAAGCGCUCCGCCCGCUCCAUCACGUGUUUUAUGAGGAAGUGGAAGGAGAAAGUGGCCUGGCCCCGUAUCACCAAGGAGAACAUCAAGCCAGCCUGGCUCUCCGUGGACUUUGACAACUGGCGAGACUGGGAAGGGGACGAGGAGGUGGAGAGGGCCAUGGUGGAGCAGUAUGCAGAGCUCCUGGAGAAGGUGACGGACAAAGGUCCCCCUCCGGCCAUGGACGACCUGGAUGACGACCUCUGAAGCCCAGGCCCCCGGGGACGCCGCGGCCGCGGGAGGCUUCCCGGUGCGCCGGCAGCACGCGCCGACGAGCAGCGCGGGCAGGGCUCUCCAAGGAAGCGGAGCCG